GAGAUCGACCAGAGGAUCACCAAGAGCUCCAGGGUGGUCCCAGAGGUCCAGCCGUUCUGGAGGACUCGGUGGGAGGCCUUCCAGGGCUACAAGUUCAUGGUGCCGGAGGACCCAUGGAGUUCGCCGCCGCCCCGAAGCUGGUUCGAGCAGGCCAGGCGGUCAAGUUCUCGGAGUCGGAUGCUUCACAGGAGAGCACGACGCGAGCAUCACGAUCUGCGUUCACCAGACGCUGACGCUCGAGAGGCUCAGGGCGCUCAAGCGCGACCACAUCCGUUGGGUCGCUGCGGGCUACAAACAGAGUCUCAUCGCGCACGCCGACAACUAUCCCGAACGCACUUAUCGGCAGCGCAAGAAGCGCAUGAACCUCACCGGCGACAUCGCUGCAUGGAGUUUAUGGGAAAUCCAUUUGACCACGAGACACGAAAAACUUGUUUGUGUUGUUGCCCGCCGACAGUUCUUGCCGCCUCUGUGCAACACCGCGCAGGACAUUGGAAUCAUAGUGCGAUGUCCUGCCAAUGACAAUGCGAAUGGGCCAUUUUUGGCUCACAGAGCCCACCUUCUGGCUGACUCGUUAUGCCCAGACGCAGCGGGCUUCCAGAUAUCCUUGGCGGAUACACCGACAUUGUCCGCGCCAAGCUGGACGCACUCCGCUACGACGAGGGGGGCAUGGAGUGGAUCGAGGCGCAGCUCAGGAAGCCCCCCUCGCACAAGAGGCCCGACGAGCAGGUAA